CAAUUCUAAGCAACCUCCACUUCCCUCAUUUUUCUUCUUCUUAUAAAAUCCCAUUCUAAGUCCAAACAUUCCCUCAUCCAAACCAAAAUUCUUGAUUCAGUUCCCCGUCUUAACGACAGAAAAUAGGAUCGAUUAGAUUCUAUCGUGCUCUAUUCCCUUGUAAAAUUCCAUUACAAGUGCAAGCAUUCCCUCAUUCAAACCAAAAUUCUUGAUUCAGUUCCCCAUCUUAACGACAGAAAACAGGAUUAAUCAGAUUCUAUUGUGUCCAACACUACUCCAUUACCUUAUAAAAUCCCAUUCUAAGUGCAAACAUUCCCGAUACUUGGCUCAGUUCUCAACCUUAACGACAGAAAAUAGGACCGAUCAAAUACUUCAAACAAUUUUAACAUUCACCAAUGGCUUCUUGUCUAUUCUUUGUUGUUGUCUUAUGCCUACCUUUUAUUGUUAAAGCUCAAGAAAGGUCUCCUCAUGGCCUUGCUUUUGAAAGCCCUAUUGCAGUUUCACCAGAAGCAUACUCAUUUUUUCACCCUGAGACUCAAAAAAAGAACACUACAACUAGUGAAAGUUUAUGUAAUGAUAAUAAUAAUACAUCAGGUUGUUCAAGAUUUCCUACAGCAUCAAGUGUGCAGUCUAAUUUGGCACAUGAAAGUUUACCGCCAACCGAUGAGGGAGGCGAUAAACGAAUGGGAGCUGGUGGGAUGGUUGGGAUAGCUCUAGGGUUCGGGUUUGCUAUUGUGUUAGCACUCGGUGUGUACUAUGCGGCGAUUGCGCGAAAACGCAAUGCGGACAAAGGUGCUCCUAUCCAGCAGCUCAAUGUCUGACUCUUCAAAAAUGUUGCUGCAUCAUGUUGGACCUAUCCAGAAUGCACUAAUUUUGGAGAAUCCAGCAUGCACCUAUCAACAUUUUAGAAGAAUCCGAGCAACAUAGAUCAGAAAAGGCUUCUACUCUUAUCCAUCCCCUGUUGUUUCAUCUCAUUUUACCUUCUUUUUUUUUGGUUUGUUACCUUUCCUAUAGUUGUAUGGUUUGGGAAUGUGAGAUGUAACUAUUGUUUGUAUCAGUAAUUAGUGAUAUAAUAGUACAAUUAUUUAGUCAUCACUAUCAUCCAAACAAACCAAAGUGUA